AUGGCGGACGUAUAUGAAAGUGUUUUGUGCAUCAAACAAGAAGUAUUUGUCUACAGAAUUCCGGCAAGAGCCACAAAUAGGGGAUAUAGGGCAGCAGAGUGGAAAUUAGAUGAACCGGACUGGACUGGCCGCCUGAAAGUUGUCUCAAAAGAUAGGGAUCUUAGUAUCAAACUUGAAGAUAAGUCAUCAGGUGAGUUAUUUGCACAAUGUCCCGUUGAGGCCUAUCCCUCCAUAGCAGUCGAGCAGGUUCUCGAUUCGAGUCGGUACUUUGUCCUUCGUAUUCAGGAUGGAACGGGGAGGAAUGCUUUCAUCGGGAUUGGGUUUGCAGAUAGAGGAGACUCAUUCGAUUUGAUGGUUGCCAUUCAAGAUCAUUUCAAAGAAGAAAAAGAAAUUGAAGAGACGUCGAGCAAUCUGGGGUCUCUGUCAUUGAAUGAGCAACAUGCACCCAAACUCAAUCUUGGUUUCAAAGAAGGGCAGACUAUCAAACUCAAUUUUGCAACAAAGAAAACAACAGGUGACAACACAAGCACAACACCAACUUCUACCUCGUCAAAAACUCGCACCAAAGCUGGCGGAGCUGUUUUACUGCCCCCACCGCCAGGUGGUGUAAAAAUUCAAGGUCCUCCCCGACCAUCGCCGACAUUACAGGACAGCUCAUUACUUAUCAAUAGCAAUAUGGUCACCACUUGUACUACUAGCAGCAGUGAUAAAAAGACAGUAGCAUCAAAUAUUGAUCUAUUAAUAGAUCUGGACCCCAUAGGUACGACUACUGGCCAAACUGCUAAUAACAAUCCAUUUAGUGCUGGAGCUAGUGAUGUUUGGCAGGAUUUUGCCAGGUCUUUAAAUGUUUUUUCUUCAACUUCUUAA